GCUGCCGAGCAGGGUGAGGAUGCGGCGUAAGAGAACGGAACAGAAAGGGUAGGCAGAGUGCAGAUAAAACAUGACUCCCAGAGGGCCCUAGCCAGCUGCAUCCCAGGCAAUCAGGAGCCGCGGAUUGGAGACCCCACCCCUGCCGUGACAUCAUGGGAGUGGGGGUGGAGACGAACAAAAAGGGGGUCCCCCGCCCUGGCCUUGGACUCUUGGCAGCCCAGAGUGUCAAGGGCAGAGAGAGCCUGGGCACUGAGCUAGGGUUGCCUGACUUAAAGGAACAGGCUCCCCAUUCCUCAAGCCCCUCCAAGCUGUCCCCUCCAGGCUUUGAUCUCUGUCUCCCUGUCCUGAGGACCUCUCCCUCCUGAGGCCACCAUUGGGUCCCUUCUAAGUGGCCCCUGAGUGCUCUCUCAGCAUGAACUGCGUGUCCGAUUUCUUCACCUACGAGACCACCAAGUCGGUGGUUGUGAAGAGCUGGACCAUUGGGGUCAUCAACCGGGCAGUCCAGCUUCUGAUCAUCUCCUACUUCGUGGGGUGGGUUUUCUUGCACGAGAAGGCUUACCAGGUGCGGGACACAGCCAUUGAGUCCUCGGUCGUCACCAAGGUGAAGGGAUUUGGACGCUAUGCCAACAGAGUCAUGGACGUGUCUGAUUAUGUGACCCCACCCCAGGGCACCUCUGUCUUUGUCAUCAUCACCAAGAUGAUAGUCACUGAAAACCAGAUGCAAGGAUUCUGCCCAGAGAGCGAGGAGAAGUACCGCUGUGUAUCAGACAACCAGUGCGGGCCUCAGCGCUUCCCGGGUGGGGGGAUCCUUACGGGCCGCUGCGUGAACUACAGCUCUGUGCUCCGGACCUGCGAGAUCCAGGGCUGGUGCCCCACCGAGGUGGACACAGUGGAAAUGCCUGUCAUGAUGGAAGCCGAGAACUUCACUAUUUUCAUCAAGAACAGCAUCCGUUUCCCCCUCUUCAAUUUUGAGAAGGGAAACCUCCUUCCCAACCUGACAGCCACAGACAUGAAGACAUGCCGCUUCCACCCUGACAAGUCCCCCUUCUGCCCCAUCUUGCGGGUGGGGGAUGUGGUCAAGUUUGCAGGGCAGGAUUUUGCCAAACUGGCCAGCACGGGUGGAGUCCUAGGCAUUAAGAUCGGCUGGGUGUGUGACCUGGACAGGGCCUGGGACCAGUGCAUCCCCAAAUACUCCUUCACCCGGCUCGAUGGCGUCUCCGAGAAGAGCAGCGUCUCCCCAGGCUACAAUUUCAGGUUCGCCAAAUACUACAAGAUGGAGAAUGGCAGUGAGUACCGCACACUCCUGAAGGCUUUCGGCAUCCGCUUUGACGUGCUGGUGUAUGGGAACGCUGGCAAGUUCAACAUCAUCCCCACCAUCAUCAGCUCUGUGGCUGCCUUCACCUCCGUGGGAGUGGGGACUGUCCUCUGUGACAUCAUCCUGCUCAACUUCCUUAAGGGGGCCGACCAGUACAAAGCCAAGAAGUUUGAGGAGGUGGAUGAGACAAUGCUGAAGGUCACGGCCUCGGCCAACCCAGUUUACCCCAGCGACCAGACCACCGAGGAGAAGCAGUCCACAGAUUCGGGGGCCUACUCCAUCGGCCACUAAGGCCCCUUCCAGGGCCCCAUGCUCACCCUUGGGCCCCAGGCCUCCCCAUAGGGCACCCCACCUGGGCAAGGGGGGACGGAGCGGGGAGGGGCUUUCAUUUCUGCUGCUCACCCCAUGAAGCCACGCCGGACCCAGGUGUCUGGGCCUCCCAGUGCUCCGGCAGACAGGUAGUACCCCUUGCUACAACCUCGAUCUCCCUUCACCCCUUGCCUUGCCCCUGUCUGCUUCCCAGGACCCCCAGGGCAGCAGCACCUGAGUCGUCCCCCUUCUGAAGAGUAGAGAGCAUAGUAGUAAUAGAAAGUAGCCACAAGGCACUACCAAGUGC